AUGUCACGGCCGGUCGGCUGCUGCUCUCGCCUCGCCGGCGGCGCGGUCUGGUGCCGCGGCGCCCAGCUCUCCUGUGGGCUCGCGGCGGCUCGCCGCCGCGGUGCCGAACAAUGUGAUCAGUCCGGAUUCGUCCCGGCGUGCCGCCGGUGCUGCUUCCUCGCCGAUUUUUGGCUCGACCAGUUUGUCGACAAACCUGUGCCAGAGCUCCUGCUGCCUUCUGCCCUCGAGCGGGCGCGCGUCCUCUGCUCGUGGGGCGAGUCGGAUCCGACCGUUGCGGCAGUCGGUUCCACAGUCGAGAUCCACUCUCUCGUCUCGCGGCCUUCGAUGAACGGCAAGGUCGGCGUCGUCGUCUCCGCAAAACGCUUCGACGGCCCGCUUCGGCGUGCGCCGGCCAACCUGCAGCCAGCGGCCGAGGCGGUGGACGUGGGCAGGCUGAUCCUCAAGGCGGCGGAGUGGUCGCCGCAGUCGCACGAGCUCUUCCCGGAGGCGGCUCGCAAGCGGGCGGUCGAGGUGAUGCGGCUGGGCUACCUGAUCGCCUGGGACGAGGAGCGCUUCGACAGCCGCGAGGGAGCGGCUCCAGAGCUGGCGGACAUCUGGCGCGGCUUUGUGCUGCCAAGGGUGGUGGUGCGAUGACUCACUCGAUCCGCACGGGGUUUUCAGUGAGAGGGCCAAACCUCCAGCAGGGGGUCUUGCCGUUGCCCGGAUGCAGCUCCGCGUUGCCUGAGCGCCGCCGCGGAGUGCUGAGUGAGGCGGGGAGAACCAACUCUCGCGGCAAUAUUAGGAGUAGCAAGUACAGUUGCAUUCUGGAUCCUUUUGAAGAGUAGAUACGUCGUGUCCUGUCUGCGUUUUCUUUAUUCGGGCUGUUGGGUUGGCUGCAUACAGCCAUAGCUCUGACGUCUGAGCUG